GAGAGCGGCGGCAAGCGGUGGCUCCUUCAUUGAGUGCCUUGCGGAAAAGAAAGAAAAGUGUACUACAGCAGGCCAGUUCUGCGGGCGACCAUGUCUUCUCGCUUGCCGGCACUGUCGACGUUCGGGGCUUGGCUGUGAUGCUCCGGCGCUUUUUCCCAACGCGGCACCAUGGGCAAGAUGCAGAGCAAGCACGGUGACUGCAUCGUUGUGAAUGCGCAUUUCAACCCCGUCUGCCAGUUGGACGACGACCUGCCGCGACAAAAACCGCAGAGCCAGAAAUUCGCCUGUUCGGAGCUGUCUCUGUCACUUUGUGAUGAUGAGAGCUGCAAACCAAAUGACAGAUUCGAGGAAGAGAAAUGCUUGCACCAUGAAGGCAGUACAGGCAGCACAGACAAGGUGACUACACCAUCAUUGACUGAGGAUGACGAGCGACCAGAAAAAGCUGAGGAAGAGAGAAGUGAGAAGGAGGAAAGAGGAGAAAGUCUAAGUGCAACGGAUGUGUCUUGCAAUAACUCCCACCAUGGUGAAGAGAGGCAGGAGUUCUCCUUCACUCUUUACGACUUCAAUGGUCAUGGCAAGGUAACGAAAGAUGACAUUGCAAGCCUCGUUCGUUCAAUUUAUGAUGCACUUGGAAAGAAAAGCUUGCCAAAGUCGGGUAGUCGAACUAUCAAAGUGAGACUUGCCAUUGGACCAGAUGAGGACAGCUGCGCAGCACAGACUCGACCACUUUCAGAGUCCUCAGCACGCAGUAGUGCCCCAACAGCUUGCACAUUGCUAACAGAUGAACCACCUCCUAGUCGCAGAGCACCGGAGAGCCUCUCGGUUCCUGUGCACCGAAAGUUUCCUCCACAGACAGAAAAUGUUGCAGCAACAGGAAACAGAUGCAAACACUCAUCUGGUGGAAUGCCAGCGUCACCACAGGGAAAUCACUCACGGAGGGUCAAGCCACGUGUUCAUCAGCGACAUGAGCUCCUGCAAUGGCUGAAAGAGAGCACAGAGAAGGCUUGCUACCAAUCAGCUGCUGCAGAAGAUAACAGACGACCGCAGCAGGCGGCAGCAGCCCGCAGAGCUGAGGCCACCUCACGGCCAGAGCCCACACCAUGUCCCUACCAAUUGCUCGACCGAGGCCAUGAAUGUGGAGGUGCUUCAUCAAGCCCUCAGUGUGAGCGGCGUCAACAUAGGCGCUCAAAGUCGCAUGAAGAGGAGCCACCCUGUCGUGGCUGGCAUCACCACUACCGACACCGAGAGCGGGACUUGGAGCGCCAGCGUGCCAUGCGCCAGGUAGCCAGCUGGAUAGAACGCGAGCAGCUGACCGGUCCACCACCUCCUUCUGCUCAGCGUCACGAGCACCACCAUUUGCAUGAGCACGUGCACCAUCACUACCAUCACUACGUCGACUGACAGUGUGCCCAUGUUUUGGCUCUUCCCUGUAUGUACACAGGGUGUGAGCGUGAUGUAGUGCACUCACUUGGAUGAGCACAAGGCAGAGGCUGACGCUAGGCAUCCACUGUGCAGGUGUACACAUCCUGACCUUGUUGACCACAACGACAGUGAGAAAAACAGUUCUGCCAAUGUGGGGACAAGCACAGUGAGAGUUCAACCACCAUGGGCCUAAACAACCCAUACUGGCAUAGUGUUUGUCACUAACUGGACCACUCCGCUGAAAGGUUUGCCUGUUUGUUCCCCACAUCAGGCCUCCAUCACAAACUUGUCCAUAAAAACUUCAUUGCCCAGGGCAAAGUGCCACCAUAUCUGUACAUUUUCUACUCUGUUGAGACUAAUUGGGUGUACCAUGAAAUGAGGCUGGGGAGAUCACUUGUUCACCCCAUUUCCUAGGCUUUAAGAGAGUGAAGCUUUGUUCUUCUACCCCAUUUCCUAGGCUUUAAAAGAGUGAAAAUUUGUUCCUCUGGUGAGAAAGAUUGAGGUGUAAAAUAUUUAAACAAAAAGUAACAGGUUGUAAAGAAUAUAUGCUGCCUGAAAUUUUAUUUACACUCGCAUGUAGACACUCAGAACAGGCUGUUCCAAUUGUAAUUUGCAUGUAAGUGUUCUGUGGAAAAUAUUUAGUUGGGGUAUGAAUGUGUUCAAAAAGUUUUAUCACAUGCCAGUAGUUGGAUGCCGGUGAUGGUAUUAAUUGUAAUUAGCAGUGCCACUGUAUACAGCCCAAUGUUUUGACAACUUCGCAGGCAUAUGAAAUAUAUGACUCAAAUGUCAUUUCCUUUCCAUUAUGGUUGCUAAUAGGUACAUAUGAUGAAAUACAAUAAUGUAUUUGAAUGUAAUUUGGUGCAGCUGUCAAUGCAUGCAUAUAUAAAUAUUUUUUACAUUCUUGCUCAACAAUAUGCGUGGCAGGUCACACGUGUUUUCUUCACAUAUGCAUGUGGCACUAAUAUGAUCGAAUGUAUUUAUGUGUGUGCUUUUUUUCACUCUUGGCUUGCAUGGUUACAGCAUUAAAUUACUAAAAUUUAUAGAAACACUACAUAAAUGUAUUAGCUGCUAGUCUAUUUGACCUAAUACAAAUUUCUUGAUUGCCGAGUGUAAUCAAAAUUGAAAAUCUGAGCAUGGUUUUCAAACACAUGUAUGAUGUCCAUUUUCCCCUUGUCGAUUUUGAACAAACAGUUUUAUUGAGAGUAAAAACUGACUGCAUGCAUGCAAGUGUAUUGAGUUAAUUUGGUUUAGAAAGGUUAUUUAACAUUUUCAUACAUUUGUGGAUUUCAAUAAGUUAAGAGUUAAUAAUGGAAAAAGCUUGUGAUUUUAUCAUUUACGUGAGAUUCAUAAUUGAGCUGACGGUGAGAAAUGUAUACCUUUGCAUAAUACUAGAAAACACUUUAAAAUUUUAUAGAACAGUGCAGGUUAAUGAAUUAACUAAACAUUCAUGCCAUUUCGAUACAUUAACAAUGAAACACAUUUAUGCUUGUGCUCACUCACUCAAAGUAAAGAUUUAAAAUUGCUGACAACUUUUAUUUUCACUGUGGAACUGUUUAGAGCAGCUUUGCGGCAUGUUAAACAUUGGUUAGAAAGUGUGGUAAUGUUGAAUGCUCUUACAGCGGCCCUGCUUAAAGGAAACUAGUACUAAGAGGCUUUCAUUUUUUAAAACAAUUUGUAAAGGAUUGAAAAAAGCACUGAGCACAUCACCACAAUGAUUUAGUUACCAUGCUGUCAUUUAAAAGAAUACAACCAUAAGUUUAUUAUCUAAAAAAUUGCCAUGCAUGUCAUUUUAGCCCAUGAAAUCUAUCAACUUGUGAGCUCUUAACUUCAUAAAAGAUCAUUUUAAAGGUUUCUCUCUCAAGCAGUUUGCUGUAAGUGCACUCCACUGUUAGGGCCGAGGCCUGUAAAUAUGUGCCUUGUAAAAAAUGAAGGUGCUAUUGCAGACUUAAAACACUUGGUGCCCAAACUGUUGUUACUGACUGCCCUGAUCGCAGGGUCUCGUACUGGGUAUACGUACAUCCACACACCACCUCCAAAAAACUUUUUGUGCCUCCCAGCCAAAGAAAAAGAAACUGAAGUAUGCUUUCUGACAAAGUUUUCAUUUUUUAGUUUUGAAUAGUUCUUUCUUGGAUAUAGUGCACAUAUAGGGAAGAGAACUGAUAUUAGUCUAAGCCUGGAUGAUAAAUAUAAUUUGCUUAGGAAUGCUCUGUUUUGGAAUAUUUGUCACUCUUGGGCAUUAUGACACUGUUCUUUGUUUGAAAUGCUAGUCCUGUUUGGUAUUUGGGAUGAUGGCUUUAAUGCUUUUGUUUUGAGAUUGUGUUCUUGACUGUUUUAUCAUUCAAUAUAAAAUGAAGCACUGAAAAUACUAAUACAAUUUGAUAAGCAAGUAAUUAUAAUGAAUUAUUAUUGCUCAUUUUAUGCUGUGUCUGAUAAAACUUCUUCAUUCAGUAUUUUAGACCUCAUGUGUGUGUAAAUCGACACUCUUCACUCCUGCUAAAUAUGUUCAAUGAGUCAUUUCAUGCUUUAUGAAUAGAAUAAGAACCAUGAUCACGGUUACAGCAACCCUGGAAGCUGCUCAAGCUGUUUGCAGGAAAACACUUUUCCACUAAGUUCAAGCUCUUUAUCAGAAGGAUUCAGUUUGCAAAUUGGUGACAAGUUACAUUAUAGGAUAGCAUGCUACUUGAAAUGCAAGCAUAUUCAAAAAUUCUGACAUGAAACGGUGUGCCAUAAAUCAGAUGAUGAGAAUAAUGGUAACUAUUAAGUGUAUGUGAUAGAAUGCCAAUAGGCUUCUCUGUGAGUAUGCCAGUUCUACCAGUUUCUUUCUUUCUUUUUUUUUUUCAUUUGCUAACCUGAAUUGUAGCAUGAUUUAGUGCUAGUACCAAAAUGCUUCCUGAAAAAAUCAACAUGAAUGGACUGUGUUCAUUUUAAGGCUGGCUUGACGCAAGUUAGCUUCAUCUACAGGAAACCAAAGGCCCCAAAACUUAUGUUGAUCCACUGAGUAAAAAGUUUUCUUUCUUUCUUUAUCCAUUAAGCUUAAAGGGACACUAAAUAGCGAAACGGUUUUCCUUGUGUUUAUCCACUGAGUAAAAAGUUUUCUUUCUUUCUUUAUCGACUAAGCUUAAAGGGACACUAAAGAGCGAAACGGUUUUCAAUGUAUUAGGAAAAUAUAAUUUGACAAUAAUUGAAAAUGCCACUCUUACCUAGAGAUGACGCUUGGUAAGCGAGAAAAUGCGGGAACAGAAAAAAGCAAGCGGAGAUGCCACCUUCCCGCACCAAAGACCGUAAGGUUAUAGAUCUUGAAGGACUCUACUAGGUCCAUGUAGCUUAUAAUCGAUAAAAAUGAAGUACAUUGCCAUCUGUGGGUGCCAUAGAUUAAGCAUACAAAGUUUCAGAAAAUUUCAUCUAGCUAUUAUUGUGAAAACAUGAAAAAAUACAUUUUCAAAUUAGUGACAUUACGUGUGGAAAUUUCAGCGUGAAGUUUUAAAAUGAAACUUCAACCUUCGAUUUCUCCACUAGUAAUGAACUUAUGAUGGUGAAACUUAUGGUAUUAGAGUUCUCAAAGUCCCGUUUAUCAAUCCAAAGCAAGUCAUUGUUGCUCUUUAGUGUCCCUUCAAGGAGAGAUAACAGAAUAUGAAUUUUUUUAAUGCUAAUAUACUCACUUGAGAUGUCAUGUAGCUUCGAUAACACUUUUUUAAACAUGUUAGCACAAUUAUUCAUUAAUUGUGCUAUCAUUCUACAAGCAAAGUACAAUUAUACAAGUAAACUUAACAGAAUUAUUCAUGAAUUGUACUAUCAUUUUACAAGCAAAGUACAGCUUGUUUUGACCAUGUGAUGAAAUGUUAGAAAAACCAAGCUUUGGGACUUUUUGAUGCUGGUAAUCUUACUGGACUUUCUUAAAAAUUUUAAUUACAAAGCAGUGUGAUUUUACGAGUGAUUUUGGCAAAUUGUGUGCAUGUGGCUCAUUACAGUGACCCAAAUAAUUUUAUACCUUCUGUUUGCUUUCGUGGAGAUUGAACAAAAAGCUGUAUUUAUGUGGCCACAUUUAGUACAGAAUUUUACAAGCAUUCCUAUGUAUAGGUAGCAUGUUUCAAGGGACCAUAUUUUUUAUACUAUUUGGUAGGUGAAGAAGCUCGUGAAGGCACAAUGAACAUGCUCUGUUGUAGAAUUAACACUCUACUACAAGCCAGUUUGACCUAUACAUUCUAAAAAACUGAAUAUUUCAUGCGACACUCUAAAAAUGGCUAGGUAUGCUGCACAUUUUCACUCUGCAUCAGGGACUGUAUUUCUACCUUGUGCAGAAUUUAGUGAUACUGCAUCAAAUGUGCUUUGACAUAAUUACCCACAUUUAUGCCAGGAAAAGAAAAUGAAGCCUUACUGAAAAUCUGCUCUUUCACUUUUGUUUCUAUAAUCAUAUGUAGAUAGGAUGCAUCCUUGCAUACAGCAAACUGUGGCCAUCAUUUUCUAACGAGUGGCCUAAUUAAUGCAUUUACAGCUGUUUACCAGUUGCACAUUCCUAAAUGCUUUUAUGCUUGUAAUUGAGGAAAGAUUAGAAAAAAAAAACAUUUAUUUGUUUAUGUUUUGAAUGAAAAUGGACUGAAAUGAGCAUCAUGCUCAGAAAUAGGAAUUUGAAGUUAUUAAUAGUUUACAUGAAUACUUCAUGGGUGAAAUUAUAUCCCGAGAAGUGCGGCAUUCUGCUCUUGUCAAGGCACUGACGAACUUUUAUUUUAAAAUAGGAAUAGUUGUGUCUUAGCAUUUAAAACAAGUGGUGUAUUGUGACACCCAGUUGUGAAAAGUCUUAAAAGUGGCUCAUAAUUGGAAUGAAAGUGUUACGAUUUUUUUUUUUUCACAGCAUAGGAACAACCAGUCAGCUAUCUUCUAGUUUGUUGCUGAAGGCUUAGGUAGGCAUGUAUUUGUAAAUUAGGGUAAUUUUUUUUGAGCGUGGAAGAAAACAACUUGAAAAAGGGUUCUUCAGAGGAAUGGUUAUCAUCUGCCUGAACAUUUGCCAUGAAGCCAGAAAGGAAAAUGUACUGCUCCCGGCUUCCACACUUGAGCACUUGAUAGUUUGAUGGUUAGUUUUAUUGGUUGAAUCAUCACACUAUUGUCUGAGUGCAGAUUAUUUAAGGCAGGGAUACUGCCUACCUUUUUAUUGUAGCCGAGUGACUGUGUUUGGAUUAUUGAAUAUUUCCUUACACAAAAUUGAAUAUUUCCUUACACGCCUUUAUCAUGCACUGCUAAAUGCACCCUUCCGAAUGCCUGCCUGCUUCUGUAAAUUCUUGGCAAUAAAACAUCAACAUUUUCUUUUUUUCUUUAUACCAGUCUCCUUCCUACCUGCACAUUUAUUCUUACUGCCCUGAAUACUCUGUUAAUACAGUUUGUAUAUAGAAUGCUCAAGGAGUCUCAGGGAUUAUAGAAGUAAGAACUGAGCAAACAUUCUCAAUUUUUUUUUGCAUUUGUUAUGCAUAUAGUGUGGACACUCUUGCCAUUAUAUAAAUACAUAUGGAGAUGCUGUAAUGCUAUGCUGUGACAGUGAAUUGAUAUUAGAUGCACCUAUGUUAUUCAGCCACCUUGCAACCUGUGGAUUGUGUGUAAGUUAUUUUGUACAUAAAAUAUGUAUACCUCAAGCCAAAUGUUAUUUCAAUGCUGCAGCAAGGCAUUGGUCACAUCAAGUAGGGGCUAUGGCACCUUGGACAUUUACACGUCACAAGUGAGGUGAAGCCUCUUUGUACUGAGUAUGCUGAAUAAAUGUUAUAACUUUGAAUGAAA